UUUAUUGGUGGAGAGACAGCACCUGAGGUUACAAUUGGUGGGGAGAGACAGAAGAAGGAAAAUUAAAGUGAACGAUUUACCGAGAACUGUGUGAAAAAUAAGAAUUGCAUUUCAGGCAUAGAUACUUGCCUUCCAGGUUCAUUGUUUUCCCUGAAUGUUCCCGUUGAAUAACAUGGAACAUAUUCAAGAUGCUGGUGAAAUCUUACCUGAAUCACCUGGGCAUGCCGCAGUUCUCAACCCUUUUGAGAGCCCCAACGAUUAUCAUAGCCUGCAUGAAUCCGUCGUCGCUAGCCCAUCACUCUUCAGGUCUUCUAGGACAUCAUCAGCGACCCCAGCAAAAUUCAAGUGGUCCAUUGAUGAAAUAGCUAGCCUUCUGCCAGUUGACAUUGACCCAGAAGACAUCCAUCGUCAGUCUCUGUAUCUGAGCCAAACCAGGACGGAUAAAGAAAUUGAAGAAAGGCGACAGCAUGCGAUUGAGCAGUUCUUCACUAAGAACACAAUUGUUCCUUCGCCCUGGGCUGAACCAGAAAGCAAACAGCCAACACAGUUACAUGCUUUAAAAUGUUCUAUUUCACCAAAGAUUCCAAGAGAAAAUCUUCCAAAUGGAAAAGCCAAUGCUUCUAGUCAAACGGUGCUUUCAUUGCCUGUGGAUUUUGAUCUGGAAAAAAUAUUAGGGGAAUACUUCAGGGCAGACGAUGCUGACCAGUCCGGCGAGAGUGUGAGCUCCCCGACGCUGCGCCGCAAGCUCUUCCUGGACGGGCACGAGUGCGAGUCCGUGUCCCCCCAGGCCAGCCCCGCGCACAGCCCUGCGGCUCUGGAGACGCCCGGCGUGCCGUCCUCAUAUCACCUGUCACCACUGCGGGGCCCAGCUCCCCUUCAGACCCCGAGCUCUGGGCAGUUUUCUUCUAGCCCGAUUAAAGGCAGUCUCAGAUGCUACAGUUUGGAAAGUGUGACAAGUCCUGUGUUCUCGGAAAGGCCAUCUCUGAAUUUAAAGACUCCUACCUUAUCGCCUAUUUUUCUACAGCCCGCGCAGACGCCAGUUUCAGCAGAGAGAAAACGGCUGAAUUUCCUUUCUCCGGAUGGCGUGGCAGUCUGCAGCUCGAACACGAAGCCCAGCCGCUGCGCUGAAAGCCCUUAUGUUGAGGGGUGCUCUCCCAUCAAGAGCUGCUCUCCAGUGAGCUCUGGAGGCAGGCUCAGAAUGCCCCGCCGCAGGGUUUCCACCUUCCAGCUGCCUCUUGCGCACGAGUGCACCAUCGAGGAAAAAGAGACCCUGCCGCUCCCUGACCCCAUGCCCCCCAUGGACAUGGACGCCUGCUCCUUGCAUUCUCAUUCUGUGGGGAGACCUGAACCCUUGUCUGAGGCCUCUGAGUCGCUUCAUGUGGAAAGUGCUAAAGGCAAUAACACGGUGAACAUGGGAGAGCCAGUGGAGAGUGCCGAGGAUGAGAGCGCGUGGGUAAAGGAUGGGGUGGAGAACGUUCAUAUUCAGCUGACCAGCUCCAGAACAGGAAGCACAUCCAAUGCAGAAGGUUCUCACAUGUUCCUGUCCCUGCUGGCAGAGAGCAGUGGCAUUCCCUGCGACAGCGCCAGUAUACAGGUAGACAGUGCGUACAACACACAAUCAAUAGGUGUUAGCAAUAUCGCAGAUGGAACUGGUACAGACAUCCAGCAGAAAGACAUGCUUGACGUACACCUGCCCGAGGAAUCCUGCUUAUAUAACAGGAUGCAUUUUAAGUCGAAGUUCCUUAAUCUACAUCAUUAGUGGUGGAGAAGCUGCUACUCCCAUGACCUAUGCUGCUGAUGUUUGGAAAGGUGCUCUAGAUGUAAUGAGGAAUUGGGUUUGCAUCUAAUUUUACAUUUUGGAAAUACUCUGCAAGUCUUAAGGAAAUUGUCAAAGAAAUCUUCCUGCAAUAUAAUAUAUUGGAAAUGUAUAAUAUGAUGAAUUUUAGUGCCAGCUAGAGUCAUUAUAAAGGCAAUGCAUGUGUUAGAACAGUAUUUAUCCCAUUGCUAUGAAUUAUAUUGUAACGUUUCACAGUGGGAAAUUCAUUUCCUGGUUUUUAACAGUUCUUGAAACCUCUGAGUCAUCAGUGCAGUUGACAAGUCAACUUAGUCAACAGAUCUAUGAAAUGUGCUGUCCAAGCUAACCUCACUGUAAAAUUAUGCUAUUAGAAUAAUUGGGUAUGGUUUGCUAUAUCAAAUGUUUUAUAUUUAUUUUAAUAAAACUGAAUUUGCUGCUGAA